AGCUCUGGAGCGAGUCUUUGAUGGUUCGUGACCGGAAGUUCUCUGCUCAGCAAAGGCGAAUCUGCGAGGGAGAGAAGGAAGAAGAGAGAGGUCAGUCGAAUCGAACGUGAUCUUGAUUGUGAUCUUGACUUGUCAUUGUAUUCGCCAUUGUCUCAGUCUCUAAGCCCCAUGUUCGGUUCGCUCUCUAAAACCCUCCUUCGCCGCCCCCUGUUCUUGCCCACCACCACUCUCAGAUUGAUCUCCACCGCCGCCGCCGCCGCCGCCGCCGCCACCUCGAGUCGACCCUCUUUCGCGGUCUCUUACCUCGUGAAUUCAUGUGGGUUGUCGCCGGAAUCGGCGUUGUUCGUUUCCGAACGCGUCAACUUCGAAACCUCGGCGAGACCCGACGCGGUCAUUGACGUCUUCAAGAACCAUGGUUUCUCUCAAUUCCAGAUUUCGGGUAUCAUUAGGAGGUGGCCUUGGCUGAUUUUGGCGAGUCCUGAGAGGACCCUCUUGCCCAAAUUGAAGUAUCUGCGCUCUGUCGGCUUUUCCGGCUCUGACCUGGCCAAAUCGAUCACUGCUGCUCCCUGCAUAUUGACUAGGAGCUUAGAGAAGCACCUCAUCCCCAAUUUCGGUAGGCUUCGGGACUUCCUUCGGGGCGAUAAGUAUGCGGUUACAGCUAUUAGACACAGUCCGAGAAUAUUGUCACAAGGUCUCGAGGCUACAGUUGAUCCUUUUGUCAAGAUUUUGAGAGAUAAGGGAGUGCGUGAAUCGAGCAUUGUGUGGUUAGUUAAGAAUCAAUCUAGGACGAUGAUAGCGUUGUGUGGUCACCUCGAUGAAAUUGUGGAGAAAACCAAGGGGAUGGGCUUUGAUGAUCCUUCUGCGGCAAAGUUUGCUGUGGCUAUGUUAGCGGUCGUGGGGAUGAGCGAAUCGACGUGGGAGAGGAAAUUCGAUGCUUAUGGCAGGUGGGGUUGGUCUAGAGAUGAUACCAUGAGAGCUUUUGUGAAGUGUCCUUGGUGCAUGGCCACGUCCGAGGAAAAAAUAAUGGCAAUGAUAGGAUUCUUUGUCAAGGAAAUGGGGUUUGAAUCUUCAUUUCUUCUGCGACAUCCUUCGUUGAUGUCGCUGAGCUUAGAAAGACGGAUUCGUCCUCGAUGUUUGGUUUUUAAACAUCUGUCGUUGCAUGGUUUGAUGAAGACGAAGAUUGGCUUGACUUCCCUGUUGACGUUUUCGGAAGUAGAUUUCCUGGAGAAGUUUUUGACCCCUCACAUCGAGGAAGCUCCGGAAUUGCUGGAUAUAUAUCGGGAGAAGAAGCAUAUGGCGACGGGGACACUGGUUCCAUGAAAUGGCACGGGCUACCAACUAAUUCGUUUGUCCCUCUUCCCUUAAAGGUUGUCAUUCUGUUUAUUUUGUGGCUCGAGUUUUGGCUGUCGAUUCUUUAAAGCUGUAUUGUGUAUCGAUGGAGAACAGCUGCCUGCCAUUUUUCUUGUGCAACCAUGGGACAAUGUCCAUUGUUUCGCAUUCUCCCUUUAAGUUGGUUCUUUAUUCGUA